GCAGGAGACGGAAUCAAAAUUCCAAUGGAGGAAACACCGCUUCUUUUCUUCAAGCAAUCGAAUCAAUUUAAGCUAAAGCUAUGGCACGUGAGGAUUCUUCAUUCGAAAGCGAGAGCACGGCCUCUUCUUCUCCACACUUUUACUUAUAGCUGUAUGCAGGAAUUACGAUGUUUGACAAACACCUUAUGCUUAAUCAAUUUACACACAAAAUAUAUCUUUCGGUUAUACACGUAAACAAAAUUUGAAGAAAUGAGUCUCAUGAUUCAAGUCUCAAUAGUGUUGCUUCUCUUUUCAGGAAUUCAUAAAUCUCAAGAGAGUGAUUUAUUAAGUACAACUCAUAAUCAUGCCUCUCCAGACAUCACUCCUAGCAAAGCUAUGCUGCCUUUGCAAGCACCUUCACCAUUCAUGCCAUUUACGUACACUAAGAUGCCUAAAUUAUCAGGACAUUGUGCAUUCAACUUUUCAGCUGCAGAUAGUAUUUUGAGAACAACAGCAACAGAUUGCUGGUCUACGCUUGCUCCAUAUCUUGCUAAUGUAGUGUGUUGUCCUCAAUUUGAUGCCAGCCUAGUGGUUCUUGUAGGGCAGGCCAGUAGUCAGUCACAAAGUCUUGCACUCAAUGUCACUCAUGCUAGGCACUGCCUUUCGGAUGUCAAACAGAUUCUAGAAAGUCAAGGUGCCAGUGAGGAACUUCUUGAGAUUUGUUCUGUGGAUCCCUCCAAUCUUACAGAAUCAUCUUGUCCUGUUAUAGAGGUUAAUGAAAUCGAAAACAGUUUAGAUACAUCGUCUUUGCUGGCUUCUUGUGGAAAAAUAGAUCCUACUAUUGAGUGCUGCAACCAAGUUUGCCAGAAUGCUAUAUCUGCUGCAGCUGAAGUUUUAGCUUUCAGGCAUAAAAAUGUGACAACCUCCAAUGGUGCCCCUAACUUGUCGGAAAAAUCUAUAAAUGACUGUAAAAGCAUUAUAUUACGAUGGAUGGCCAGCAAGUUCGAUCCUUCUUCAGCUAAUAGAAUCAUCAGAGUACUUUCAAGCUGUGAUAUAAACAAAUCAUGUCCAUUGGUGUUUCCGGACAUAAAGAACAUUUCCAAAGAAUGUGGAGAGGAAACAAGUAAUCAGACAUCCUGCUGCAACACACUGAAUAGUUACUUGUCGCGCUUGCAACAGCAAAGCUUCAUCACUAAUCUCCAAGCUUUAAAUUGUGCUACAUUGCUUGGCAAGAAGUUGCAAGAAGCAAAUAUCACCAGUAAUAUUUUUGACAUUUGCCAUGUAAACCUCAAGGAUUUUUCUCUUCAGGUGGAUGAAAAAGAAUCGGGAUGCCUCUUUCCCAGCUUACCAACGGAUUUAACAUAUGACCAGACUUCAGGAAUUGGCUUCAUUUGUGAUCUUAAUGACAAUGUGGCCGCUCCUUGGUCCUCAUCAUAUUCUAAUUCUGCUUCUACCUGCAACAAGACUGCACUUCCAGAACUUCCCAAAGCAACAUCCUCUCAGCUCAGCAAAGGAAUCUACAUGAAAGAUUUAGUGUAUGUCCUGCUUUUUGCUUCAUCAAUGACCAUCCAGUUGCUAAUUUAAGUCUUCUGGAUCACUUGAAUUUUCAUCAAAGAAAUAUGAUAUAUUGUAAGUAACAUUUAUAUAUAGUCAAUAGACAACUUUUUUAUUUUGUUUUGAGGAGUUGGGAAAUACAGUGAGAUUCGAACCCUCACUCGAGUGAAGUUGUGGACAGCUCUCCAACUGAGUUGUAGUUAUUGACGACUCUAUAUGUAUGUCCCAAAAGAAAAAUGUUAGCAAAGUAGCUUAAAUUUGUGUCAUUCUCUCUUCUUUUGUUGCAAUAAAAUUAUUGGCAGUUAUUGUAUAUACGUGGUUUAUUCAAAGUUUAA